CGUACCGUACCACAGUCAUUGACUGAGGGUGUGUUAAGGCCAGUCUGGCACGUGUUCAGCGGAGUUGCCCAACGAUGCGAAACAAGGCGGGCAGGCCACCUGGAGCUUGCAGAUCAGCCACCAAACACCCGGGAACAGAUAUGUGAGCUCGUAAUCUUGCAGGGGUAUCAAAGCAUUCCGAAAGCUCGUAUAGCAAUAACAUCCGGCUCUACCAGAGUGGCAUUGUUAUGUAUACCUAAAAACAGAGAGUCGAUGUCGUAAGCCCAGAUGAGUUGGGCUCUGGCGGAUCUUGGCGCGGUUAGGCCUAGCGCCGCGGCUAGCUCUUAACGUUAGCUGAGCUGGAAGUCAUUCCUCUAUCAUCAUCGGUCAUCAGGACGAACAACUCCGCUCUGGAAACCACUCCGCCUUGGGGGUUUCGUAUCGCCGACUCCUCCCAUGUUGUAGUAUUCCAACCUACAAGACGUCGUCCAGUGUUUCCUAAUUGCCAACGACGAUGUCUUUGGAUCCGCCUACCUAUCUUAGUUCCCUCCAGAACAACAUCCGCGCCCGGCCUAUACCUUGGGAGGGCGCAGUUCGAGCGGGGAACAUCACGGAGGACCAGCUCAAGCGCAUCAAGGCGGUUGACAAGGUGCGUAAGGAACCGCGUCAGAAAACAGUGGGAAAUGAUUUGAAAGCCUAUACAACACUACUUGUCGGGGGAAGCAGUGGGAAGAGUAUAUUGGAGUCCGCAUCACGACGGACGGAUAUAGUACAGUACGUCAUGGUACUUGCGGCGGACCUAAUCAAUGAUGUACCCGCUCUAGCAUCCUCUCUGAUUCAAGAACCAGAUCGUUAUCGACACUACCUCCCUCUCCUCCAACACUCCUCGAACCCAGAGGACCCUAUCCCUCUACUCGCCUCAUCCUUCUUAACUAGCCUUGUUUCGACCUCGCUGGUAUCGAAUACUAAAACCACAAUACCCGAUUCCGAGGCGCUUCCUCGACUAUAUUCCUACCUCGCCACGUUGACGAUGAGCCAAGAUACGGGACUACAAGAUAUUGGUGUCCAGCAGUACUCCGCAUUGUUGAGGACCAAACGAUCAAGGGAAAUAUUUUGGAGCCAGCGGGCUGCAACAGUCGAGCCGUUAAUGGAUAUUCUGCGCGCAGCUGCAGGUUCAAGGGAUAACAAUAGCUCAACCACAAUAGUCGGAUCAUCAAGCAUUCGCACGCUCGACUCAGGCAUCGGUGGAGGAGUGGGGCUACAGCUUUUAUAUCAUGUCCUUCUCGUGAUUUGGCAGUUGAGCUUCGAAGGAAGCUUGGUCGGCCAAGAACUUGAAUCGGAACAAGAAAUCCUAGCUCUAUACACUCACCUACUUCGCCUUUCACCCAAGGAAAAAACCACCCGCCUCCUCCUAGCAACACUAUACAACAUUCUCUCCACCAACCGCACCAACCUUCUCCCAGUGGCCGUCUUCCUCCGCCUCCCAGCCCUCCUCACGAAUCUCAGGGGCCGCCACCUCUCCGAUUCAGAUCUUCUCGAAGACCUCAACGCCCUCACAGACAUGCUGGAAGACUAUACCAAAACGCAAACAACCUUCGACCAAUACGCUGUGGAGGUGCAGACUGGCCAUCUUCGCUGGUCGCCCCCGCACCGAAAUGGAACAUUCUGGCGAGAAAAUGCGCGCCGCAUCCUCGACGAAGACCGCGGCCAGAUCCCGAAGAAGUUGGCGGAGAUCCUGUCUAAAGAUUGGGAGACGGAUAAGCAGGUUCUUGCCAUUGCAUGUAAUGAUAUAGGUUGUCUAGUCAAGGAGGUGCCGGAGAGGCGGCAGCAGUUGGAGAAGCUAGGAAUUAAGGCGAGAGUGAUGGAGUUGAUGGCCGAUCCGGAUGAGACGGUUCGGUGGGAGAGUUUGAAGGCAGUGGGGGAGUGGUUGCGGUAUACAUUUGAAGGGUAGAAUGGGAGGGUUCUGGUUUCUUUCUCUUUCCUUUUCAACUUUUCUUUUCUUUUCUUUUCUUUUUCUCUUUUGGUUUAAUUUAGUCACCCUGUUUUCUUUUUGCUCCAUUUCCCCCGUUUCUUCGUCUCGAAUUUAUUAGAAGCAAGUCCACCGUGGAGCGUGGAAUCGUAAUUUGAGCGUUGCUGGUGGCUUGGUUGGCUUUUCUCUCUUCCCCUCCUCCUUCUUCUUGACCUUGCGCAUGUAUGCUGCGAAUUUAUGACUCUUUGUUCGAUUAUAUGUUGCAGCUGCGCUACUUUCUGUUAACACCAUAUAUAUGGGAUUCAACUCACUCUUGAAUUAGAGUUCUGUACGUCACCCAGAUACACCCGCCAUAUCAUGUUAUGAGUAUGAGCGUUUUUAUUCAGGAUCCUGGCUUUCAUUUGAGUAGGAUAGAUAAAAUAUAGCUAAGACGUGCUCUGUUAAGUCUGCUGGACUUGACAACUCCAAUAAUCAGUCUACACUUGACUGUACAAAAAUAAUACACGCAAUAUAUGCAUUUGAAACGACCAUGAGAAAAGGAGUGACAGUAGCCCGA